AUGUGGCGUAUAGAUACAGUGGGAGAAAUUCCAUUUGUCAUCUUCGAAAACUUUAACAAGGAGGGGGAACAGCCCCUCUCGCUGACCGAGGGGCUUCAGAAACUGCUCCGAAAAGCCCCACAAGAUCUUUGCGUCUCCACGUGACAGGAGCGUCUAUAUAGCAUCAGCACCAGUAGACUGAUACUCCAUCACCACGCGCGCACUGCAGCAUAUGCCACAGUUACACACACAGAGAUCCUCACGCACCUCAAGGGCUUAUUCUAGAGGUUUUGCAGACUAUUGCAUCCAUGUGUUUUCUCGCUCCGUCUGGGGAGAUUUUCCGACUGUGAUACGAAGGGACUUCUGAGAGACUCAACUUUUCCUGCGAGAGGGAUGCUGGAUGCUCCAGGUCCACUUUGGUACUCGGAAGGAACUUGAUGAGUUUCUUUCUUCUGGACUCGCGCAGACGUUACAAAGAUAUUUUUAGUUCGAACAAGCGCAUUUUCGCUCUCUACCUAAAAUGACAUUUACCGGUGGUGAGAAGUCGGGGUUUCUCUAUCCUUCUAAUGUGUGACACAACGGAGUCCGGACUCCUCAACUCCCCACUCCUCUCUGGACGAAUAUACAUAUUAAAUCAGCACACACGGACUUUGGAGGCUCACGGCGAGACCCUUUGACUCUUUCUGACCUGAGACGGGACAAACGCACAGCCGGCCAGAUGCAGUUUCGACUCUUCUCCUUUGCGCUGAUAGUGUUAAACUGUAUGGACUACAGCCACUGUCAGACGCAGCAACCUCACCGCUGGAGAAGAAACAAAAGAGCUAGCUAUGGAACUUACCCCAUCUGUAAGGGCUGCUCGGUGUGUUCCAAGGAUAACGGGUGUAUGAACUGCCAGCCCAAGCUCUUCUUGUUCCUGAGGAGGGAGAGGAUGCGGCAGUACGGCGAGUGUCUUCACUCCUGUCCGUCAGGCUUCUACGGCAUGAGAGGGACAGAAAUCAACAUGUGCUCCAGGUGUAGGAUAGAUAACUGUGAGGCCUGUUUCAGCAAAGACUUCUGCACAAAGUGCAAGCCUGAAUUUUACUUGCACAAGGGCCGUUGCUUCGACAAGUGUCCAGAGGGCUUUGCUCCCUUGGAGGACAGCAUGGAAUGUGGAGAGGGUUGUGAGGUGGGCCAGUGGACCGAGUGGGGGUCCUGCAACAGACGAAACAAAACCUGUGGCUACAAAUGGGGGCUGGAAACCCGUACACGGCACAUUGUGAAGAAGCCACCAAAGGACACAAUACCGUGUCCAACCAUCGCCGAAUCCAGAAGAUGCAAAAUGGCUAUGCGACAUUGCAGGAGAGGGGGUUCGGGGAAGGGGCACCGAACCAAAGAGCAGAAAAAGAAGUCCAACAAGCAGAGGCUGCGCUUCCGGGCCCAGAACCAGCACAGCGACCACCUGGCCUCGGUUCGGGCUGCCCAGUGAAAGACUUUUGGGCGGAACGAAGACCAGAAAGCUGCUAACCCCUGCUCCACACACACACCUCCAAACAGGAUUAUUCACACUCGCGUGGACACGCUCCACUCGCACUGUCUCCCACCUCCUGCUGCAUCCCGCGCCAGCCAAACGUCCCUCGAACCCGUGACCCCACUGUGACAUCAUGGAAGACUAUACCAGCUGUUCAUAUGGCUCAUAUCUCAUCCAAUUUGAGGAAGGAGUGAGAGAACGGACGUACGGAAAGAUGCUGGGGAAGGAGGCGAAAUCGGAAGACAGAAGGAAGGACGAAGAGAGUUGAAAAACGUAAUUGACUGAUAACGAAAAAGCGAGAAAGACUUUUCUUUAUUUAUGUACACGUACACCAUCCCCUGCAGAUCAAGGCAGAGUGUGUCAUGUAUUGCCUUUUUUGUCAAAUCGGUACUUUGUCUUUGAUAGCAAUGUUACGAACACGAAACCAUGCAUAGUUGCAAAAUUAUUCUUCUCCGCACAGAAGGUUUGCGUCCAGACCGCUUUAGGCUUUAACUGUAUAUUGUGGGUAAGAAUCUUAGUUGUUCAACUAUAGCAUGGCCACAAACUCAUGUGUACAUAGUCGUCGAGUACAUCUAAUAAUGGUAGUAACAUUGAUAAAAAAGCAUUACUGUAUUUUCAGUAUUGACGCCUUCAGCGUUUAAAUGUGUAAAAGAGGUUAUAAUACCAGCUACAGUUAAAUAAAGAACAAAAAAGCUCAAUAAAAAGCAUAGCCUUCACAUAGCUAUUACAUUUAUAUGGUAUAUAAUUGAUUUAUUUAUUGAUUCAUUUUUUAUGAUUAUUUUUAUGUUUGGUGAAAAUGAUGUCUCUGUACCUGAUACUCCUCAAAGCUGAAGCAUACUUUGAACCACUUAUAACAAUACAAAUAUCCCCAAAAGUGGACAGUGAUCGUGUCUGAUUUGCUGGUAAGUGUUUCUUAGAGAAUCGUUGUGUAAACUUGGUUUAGCAUCCUGUACUUUAAGUUGAUUUCACACCCUGCAACAGCUGAAGUAUAUCGGCAACUGAUUGAUAAUGUGUAUAUUGUGUGCUAUUAAAACGCAGUUCA